AUGCACGACCUUAGCAGAAGGAGUUCACAUUGGGGAUCCCUCAGGCAGGGUAAGAGUUUCAUAAGGUCAACCGCCCCCGAGGCCCGCCGCCCUGCCAACUCCCCAAUAAAGCUAGGAUCCCGACUAACAGCUCUACCAAGGAGCUUAACCCCCUUCUCUGGUCUACCGAUCCCUCUCGAUGGUUCAACGGGUUAUCCACAGCAAUUGUUCGACCCCAAGGGGGCAGGGGUAUUUCGUAUGGCUGAAAGUUCAUCUAGUAUUCCAGAUGACGCUGCGUCCAAACUAUGGGGUGUAUAUAAAUGUCCUACAAAUGUUGAUAUACACACCGAAGAUGGCCAACAAUUUAAUGUUGGAUUAAGCGCUGCUAAAGGAAAGAUAUUUUUUUUUCACGGUUGGUCCAAUGUGGUUGAACAUUUACGACUAACCAUUGGGUGUUUGGUACUAUUUAAUCCGGUAGAUUGUACUACGUUUAAGUUAACAGCUUUCGUUGAUGGUGUUAGUCAUACCACUUUUUGGACGUAUCUGCUCCCUCCAUCAACUCAAUUUUAUGUCAUUCCUGAAUGUAUCCUGCCAAAACACUAUGAUUAUUCGUCAAAUGAUGUAGUCUCUACUGUACUUACAGACAACAACACGUUUAACGUUCUCAUUGAGACAAUUGACGGAAAAGUAGGUUUUUCCGUUGGUAUUGACGUAAUUGUUAGUCAAUUAGAGUUGAAAGAUGGUUGUUUUAUGUUUUUUACAAAAUCUUUUGGUAAUUUUUUCCAUUUAAAAGUAUUUGGGAAAAACGGUCUUCAAAUGGAUUUUUCGGAUGUAGAGAUCGAUGAGGCUGAAGUUGCACCUGUUGAUGUUGAAAAUGAAAAUGAUGAAGAAAUACAUGGUGGUGUAAAAAAGUUUGUCCGUAUGGCUGGUGAAGAUCAUUUUAGGAUUCCCGAUCCUGUUUCACGCAUGGCUAGACUUCAUGAAGGUUUAAAGGAUUUGACCGUUAGAUUUUUGCAUCUGGAUCCGCCAAUGCAGAUUACAAACGGGACCAGACGUGAAAGACGUGAAAGAAGAGGCAAGACUGGUUUUCGUUACGCUUUAACCUCUUGGAAGAAGUUCAUGAAAGCCGCUCGGAUUAACGUCCGUGACCAGGUUCACUUUUCCUUUGAUGAAAAUGAUCAGGUUUUGAGUGUUGAGAGGGUUGUACCCUACGUUAGGCCUACCAAGUAGUUAUAAGACAAUUACGGCAUGUUUUUUGCCUUUCAAUUUUAUCUUUUGUUUUAACAUUGG